UUGCAGGGCGUGACGCUGCCGGCGGCGAUGCUGGCGGGCGCGAACCUCAAGGGAUCUGACCUGCGCGGCGCGGAUCUCGUAAAGGCGCUGGCCGGCACCAACCUGCGGGAUGCCGACCUGCGUAAGGUGAAGCUCGACAACGUGGAGGGGUCCGAGGGCGUCGUGCUGCUGGCGGUGGAGGGGGAGAAGGGGAAGGAGCUGGGCGAGGAGUGGAUGGCGUGGGGCAUGGCGCUGCGGGACGAGCCGGGCGAGUCGGUGCGCGUCGUUGUGCUCAACGGGGCGCAGCUGCAGGGGGCAGAUCUCCACAGGGCGCAGCUGCAGGGGGCAGAUCUCAGCGACGCGCAGCUGCAGGGGGCAAAUCUCGGCAUGGCGCAGCUGCAGGGGGCAUCUCUCUACACGGCGCAGCUGCAGGGGGCAUAUCUCCGCAGGGCGCAGCUGCAGGGGGCAAAUCUCAGCGAGGCGCAGCUGGAGGGUGCAGAUCUCGGCAUGGCGCAGCUGGAGGGGGCAGAUCUCCGCGAGGCGCAGCUGGAGGGGGCAGAUCUCUACAAGGCGCAGCUGCAGGGGGCACAUCUCCGCUUGGCGCAGCUGGAGAAGGCAGAUCUCCGCGAGGCGCAGCUGGAGGGGGCAGAUCUCGGCAUGGCGCAGCUGGAGGGGGCAUAUCUCAGCGAGGCGCAGCUGCAGGGGGCAUAUCUCCGCGAGGCGCAGCUGGAGGGGGCAGAUCUCGGCAUGGCGCAGCUGCAGGGGGCAAAUCUCCGCGAGGCGCAGCUGGAGGGGGCAGAUCUCAGCGAGGCGCAGCUGGAGGGGGCAGAUCUCACCCGGGCGCAGCUGCAGGGGGCAGCUCUCGGGGGCGCCGACCUGCGCGGCGCCGACCUGAAGAAUGCCGACUUGCGCGGCGCCGACCUGAAGAAUGCCGACCUGCGCGGCGCCGACCUGAAGAAUGCCGACUUGCGCGGCGCAGUCCUCAUCGGCGUCAACCUCGAGAAGGCCGACCUCGAGGGCGCCAAACUGCAGGGCGCGAAGUUCGAGCGCGCCGUCCUCGCUGGCGUCAAGCUCAUCGGCGCCAAGUUCUCA